GGGCGGGGAGGGAGGGUCGGUCGGUGGGUGGGUGCGGGUGAAGGAUCGGAUCGGAGAGGAGCUCGGACCGAGCCGGGACAGGAGAGAACAGAGACGCGGGGAGGCAGGCGGGCGGACGGCGGAGUGAGCGGCAGCGGAGUGAGCGGGAGCGGGAGCGGCCCGAGGCUGAGCGGAGCGGGAGCAAGAUGGCGGCCCGGGGGUCGAGCCCCUGCCCGUCGGGCUGACGGCGGUGUUCUUCUGGAAAGAUGAUGACAUGGUGGCUUGAUUCGCAGGAUGCACUUGAAUGACUGACACUCCAAAAAAUGUCAAGUUCAGGUUACCCCUCCGGGCAAGGCCCCUUUGGUGCGGAUGCGACCCGUUACCCUGCUCAUGCGAUUCAGUAUACCUUCUCCAGUGGCAGGCAUCAACAGGAGUUUGCAGUUCCAGAUUAUCGUUCUCACCUUCAGGAUUCGCAACUCUUGCAGCAACAGCAGCAUCAGCAACUCCGAAGACGACCUUCCCUGCUUUCAGAGUUCCAUCCAGCCUCUGACAGGCCUCAAGAGAGGAGGAGUGGCUAUGAUCAGUCAUACCAUAGCGUGGCUGGCCAGCCUGAUCACGAUUCACUGGAAACCAAACGUCCACGACUUGAACAGGUACCUGAACCCCACUUUCAGCGUGCUACAGUACUGCCCCUAGUGCACCCUCUCCCAGAGGGGCUUCGAGCACCCACAGAGGUGAAGAAGGAGUCCUUUUCAAUGAAAGUUGAUGUUCCAUCAUCCCCAUCUACCAACCAGCAGGGUGGUGAUGAACAGGAUUCGUCUCCUUCCAAGCUAUCCAAAGAGGAGCUCAUCCAGAGCAUGGACCGUGUCGAUCGGGAAAUAGCCAAAGUGGAGCAACAAAUCCUCAAACUGAAGAAAAAGCAGCAACAACUUGAAGAGGAAGCAGCCAAGCCUCCAGAGCCAGAGAAGCCCGUCUCCCCUCCUCCAGUGGAAGCAAAGCAUCGCAGUAUUGUCCAGAUCAUCUAUGAUGAAAACAGGAAAAAAGCAGAGGAAGCUCACAAAAUACUUGAAGGUCUGGGCCCAAGAGUGGAGCUGCCACUGUAUAACCAGCCAUCUGAUACGAAGAUUUAUCAUGAAAACAUCAAAACAAACCAAGUAAUGCGGAAAAAACUGAUCCUUUUCUUCAAACGGAGGAACCAUGCUCGUAAACAGAGGGAGCAAAAGAUCUGUCAGCGCUACGACCAGCUCAUGGAGGUGUGGGAAAAAAAGGUUGACAGGAUAGAAAAUAACCCUCGACGGAAGGCCAAGGAGGGCAAGACUAGGGAAUAUUAUGAGAAACAGUUUCCAGAAAUUCGCAAGCAGCGGGAACAACAGGAACGUUUUCAAAGUGACAAUCUUUCCAGGGUUGGACAAAGAGGAGCCGGGCUUCCAGCAACUAUAGCCAGGAGUGAGCAUGAGAUUUCUGAGAUCAUCGACGGACUUUCUGAGCAGGAGAACAAUGAGAAGCAAAUGAGACAGCUUUCUGUGAUUCCUCCAAUGAUGUUUGACGUGGAACAGCAACGGGUAAAGUUCUUGAACCUGAAUGGAGUAAUGGAUGAUCCCAUGAGGGUAUACAAGGAGAGACAGUUUAUUAACGUCUGGUCCGAGCACGAGAAAGAAAUCUUCAAAGAGAAAUUUGUUCAACACCCUAAAAACUUUGGUUUGAUAGCAUCUUACCUUGAACGGAAGUGUGUAGCAGAUUGUGUUCUCUACUAUUACUUGACCAAGAAAAACGAGAACUAUAAGAACCUUGUGCGGAGGAAUUAUGGUCGUCGCAGAGGGAGGAAUACGCAACAGAUUUCUCGUCCUUCACAGGAAGAAAAAGAAGCUGAAAAAGAAGAGGAGAAAGUUGAAAAAAUUGAGAAGGAAGAGAAAGAUGAGAAGAAGGAAGAAGAAAAGGAUGAAAAGGAGGAACCCCAAAGACUCAAACAACACGGAAAAAGUCCCUUCGACUCAAUUUGUCCGUGCCGAUGUAUAUCUGAAUCAGGCUCAUUUGCCAGCGAGAACGAGACCGCACGCACACUGGAAGAACAACACCUUAUAUUCCGCUUGGGUAGCUUACAACCCAACGGUACGAACAUUGAACUCUCCAAUUUUAGGGAAGCUGUAAAAGAGAAAGAGAAAUCGGAUACUGCUGGUGAGGAGCCUGAAGAAAAGGAGCAGUCUGUGCUCCGAGGGCGCAAAACUGCAAACAGUCAGGGGCGGCGCAAGGGCCGGAUACUGAGGUCCAUGGCUAAAGAAGCUAUUGCAGAGGAGCCACCCAACCCCCCACCUCCACCUGAGCUUGCUGUAGCUGAGCCUGUAGAGACCUCCCGGUGGACAGAGGAAGAAAUGGAAGUGGCUAAAAAAGGACUCGUUGAACAUGGACGCAACUGGGCAGCCAUUGCCAAGAUGGUGGGCACCAAAAGCGAAGCACAGUGCAAGAAUUUCUACUUUAACUAUAAGAGGCGGCACAAUCUGGAUAUGUUACUUCAGCAGCACAAGCUUAGAGUGCAACAGAUGUCACGGAGAUCACGGGAAGAUCGUGAAGUUUCUCAGUGUGAAAGCAUUGCUUCGACUGUAUCUGUACAAGAAGAUGAGGACAACGAGGUAUCCAAUGAGGAGGAGAAUGCAGAAGACAGCGAAGCAGCCGAGAACAGCUCAGAUACUGAAAGUGCGCCUUCACCGUCACCGAUGCUAAACAAGCCAAGUAAAGAAAACACAGAGGCUAACAGGGUAAUGGGAGAGGAGCUCAACCACUCCACACAGAAUAUCCCAGAUGUACCACCAGCGUCAGCAACACCAGCCGCUGCCUCGCCUGAACUUCACAUCAAGCAAGAGAUGAAUCUGGGCUUUGAGGAGUCAAUGGAGGAGCAGAGGGACUCUGAUGCUGAGGCAAAGCCUCUGUUUGAUCCUCUGGUAAAGACCAAAUCAGAACCUGUGGAUGCUUAUGUGAAGCCAGAAGAAAGCGUGCAGGUUAAAGUGGAGGUGGAUGCUAAAGACAGGGAGUUUGAAAAAGCAAGGCAGCAGGAAGCAAUGCGGCCUGAGAUCUUGGACCUGCCGCAGACUGGAGCACAGAUGGAAGCUCAGUCAGACAAUGACUCUAGUGCCACCUGCAGUGCAGAUGAAGUGGAGGAUGGGGAGAGCGAGAGACAAAGGAUGUAUCCUUCAGAAUCAAAGCCCUCGUUGCUGAAGCCUCUCAGCUCCAUGCUGAUGGCUUCAACCAUGAAGCCGAUGGUUCAGAUGGAUAUCCAGCAACUGCAGCAGCGUGCAGCCAUGAUCCCCAGUAUGAUGGGGACUCCCUACAUGCCUGCUGGUGCUCCUGUGAGUGGCCUCGCACUGCUUCAGCGGCACAUCAAAGCCGCCCAUGACUGUGCGCUACAGGAGGAACAGGCGCGUCAACAUUUGGACAAUGAGCGCAGGAAUUCUGCCAGCCCUAACAUCAGCAGCAAGGGCUGUCCCAUCCCAGGCAGAGAAGGUAAAUCAUACGCCUUCAUUCCGUUUCAUGAUAAUCGGCGCGGAAUGGAGCAAGAAUCUCAGGCGGCAGGGGCCAGAUCGGCAUCACCUUACAGAUUGUCACCCAGAGAAUCCUGUAAGCUUUCACCACAACCAGAGAUGAGCACCUUGCGGUACAGUGUACCACCAGUUCUCCAGCCUGCUCCACAUCAAGUGAUGCAAACAUCUGAGGGAGGAAAGAUAGUGAUUACCCGACCAACAAGACCAUCCAACAUUCCCUCCCCUCCUCCACUCAUCCCUUCCACAAAGCCACAGCUGCCCUGUGAGAAACCAUCAUACAUCAUGGGAACCUCCAUCUCGCAGCAGUACAUGGAUGCAGCAGUCUGCCAGAGUCGGUUACAGAUAGCUCCAGGCGUGUAUCUACCACCUCACAGCCAGGUAUCUUAUAGCCAAGAAGCUGUGAAAAAUGCCGUGGGUUCUAUCUCCCUGGGUCUCCCGAGGCAACAGGAACCCGUGAAACCUGGUUCGUUACAGUAUAUUAAACAAGAAGAGCUCUCUCCCAGGAGCCAUAACCCUCAGCCUGAGGGCCUGCUGUCCAGGGCAGCCUAUGAGGCAAACAUGGUGAGAGGUGGGCAAAUAGCAACUAUCCAAGACACAGGUAUGACAAGAUGCAGCCCAAUAAGCAAGGUCUCUGCGGAACCCCCUUCGUACCGCGGCUCCAUCACUCAGGGCACCCCGGGCUUGUCACAGCAGGGCAUCGCUGCAGAUGCGCUGUUAAAGGGAGCAAUCAACAAACUGGCGAGUGAAGAUUUGGGCAGCCCCGAGCAGUCCCGGGAAGAGGCAAUGUCCAAAGGUCACGUCAUCUAUGAAAGUAAGAGUGGCCACAUAUUGUCAUACGACACUGCAAAGAAUGUACGGGAGGGUACGAGAAGUCCCAGGACAGGCCUAGAGCUCCACGGCGUCAAGCGGAGCUACGAUCUCAUGGAGGCUGGGAUGAAUCGAGGACUCUCAAUGCGCGAUUCUCCAGUGCCUACACCAUACGAGGGUCUGAUCAGUCGUGCAAGGGAGAGCCCUCAUUUACCAGAGUCUAAGGACAGAACUGUUCCAUCAGGGUCAAUAAUGCAAGGUACACCCAGAGCUUCGAGCGAUUCCUUUGACGAAGGCAUAAAGUACAGCAAGCAGAUUAAGCGGGAGAGCUCUCCGCUGCGAACCUUCGAGGGGUCUAUUACCAAAGGCAAACCAUACGAGGGAGUCACCACCAUUAAAGAGAUGGGUCGCUCCAUCCACGAGAUUCCGAGGCAAGAGUGUCGCAAAACCCCGGAAAUGGUGCAGAGCAACAGGCCAAUUGUGGAAGGUUCAAUAUCACAGGGAACUCCGGUAAAGCACGAGAGCCAGUCUGCCAUUAAACAUGAUGUUAAGUCUCUGAUCACAAUGACAAGCAAGCACCCACACCCCAUGCACCAGUUGGAGAAGAUCUCGGAGGGAGUGAAGGUCAUGGAAAGGAAGUAUGAAGAGAUGAAACCCUCUGACCAGUUAAGGGUUCGCCACAGUGCAGUGACCAGUUCUGGGACUUCGGUUCUCAGGUCAACCAUGCACGAAGCUGCCAAAUCUCAGCUGAGUCCAGGCCUGUACGAGGAUCCCAAUGCAAGGCGGACUCCAGUGGGAUAUCCUGGCUACAUUACCAGGGGGCCACCAAUGGUCAGCAGAUCACAAGAAGUUGUUACGACAUCAGGGAAGUCUUGCCCCGAUAGGAAAGCUACCAUGGUGUCAGCACAAAGGGAGAAUAUAUCUGUUAAGUCUCCAGUCUCUGUCGUGGACCCAUCUGCAACUCUCAGUCCUUACGAAUCUCUCCAUGGGCGAGGGAACCCUGAAUUCAGAGGUCAUGUUCCACUCCCCUUCGACCAGACAAUGGCUUUCCACCGAGCAUUAGACCCAGCAUACCUGUUUCCCCGGCAACUGUCCCCAAACCCCAAUUAUUCAAAUCACUAUCAGCUGUACGCAAUGGAGAACACGCGGCAGACCAUUCUCAACGACUACAUCACUUCCCAACAGAUGCAAGUCAUUACCAAACCAGAUGGUACGAGGGGAAUGUCACCACGGGAAACGUUAGGUGUCCCCUACGCUGCUGGAGCCAGAGUGUGUUCAUUUGCAGGAAUCAUUGACUUGGCACAGAUGCCACACACGAUACUUGUACCAGGUGGGAGCAGUACUCCUCCCAUGGACAGGAUUACCUAUAUUCCUGGAAACCAAGCCCCUUACCCUGGCAGGUACAACCACUCCCCUAUAUCACCAGGUCAUCCUGCACAUAUAUCUGCAUCUGCGGCAAAUGCAGAACGUGAGAGAGAAAAGGAGAGGGAGCGAGAGAGAGAACGGGAGCAGAGAGAAAGAGAAAGGAUGGCCGUGACCACCUGUGACCUAUCUUACCUCAGGGCAGGUCCUGAGCAGACCAGUCGACCAAACAGCCAUGGUUAUGUCCGUUCCCCAUCACCAUCAAUACGACCACAAGAGACCAUCUUACAGCAGCGACCAAGUAUAUUCCAAGGAGCCAAUGGCAAGGGUGUUAUAACCUCGCUGGAUGCAGCUACGCAACCUCGGAUAAUGUUUUCCCAAGAUAUGAUGGUGCCUCACCGAUCCAGCAGCCCCGAUCCAAUCUUGACCUCCAAUGCUGUCUGUGUGGAUUUUGCACGUUCUCCCGGGGUGCUCUGGUUUCCUCCCACAUCCCAAAGACUGGCGGGCUGGCAAGUCCCACAGGGAGCCCUCUCCAUCGCACAAGGAAUAUCCGCCUCUCGCUUCAGCACGGCAGCCGAUGCCCUGGCAGCGCUGGUCGAUGCUGCAGCCUCAGCGCCGCAGAUGGAGAUGGGGAAGGGGAAGGAGAGCAAGCACGAAGGCCCACGAGUGGAAGAAGUAACAGGUCGCAGAGUCUCGGAGCAGCAACAGCAGCAACAGCAGCAGCAACAGCAACAACAACAACAACAACAGCAGCAGCAACAACAACAACAACAGCAGCACCAUCAUCAACAGCAGCCCGUAGAACACGAGCGACGGCCGGUGCAGUCACCGUACUCGUCCUCGGCCAAGGCCCAGGCACAGGCUGGUUACCCGGACAAAGCACCGCCCCCCAAAUCCCGGUACGAGGAGGAGCUGCGGACGCGUGGGAAGACCACCAUAACGGCCGCAAGCUUUAUAGACGUGAUCAUCACAAAACAGAUUGCUUCUGACAAAGACGGCCGAGAGCGAGGGUCUCACAGCUCGGAUUCCUCAAGCAGCGUUUCUUCUCAUCGCUAUGACAUGCCGAAUGUGGAUGCAAUUGAAGUGAUUAGUCCUGCAAACUCCCCGGUACAAUCACAGGAGAAGCCUGACUCUUUCCAGCAGGAGAUCCACAAGCCUUCCCAGGGAGAAGGUGAACCAAACACUCGGAUGUUUGAUGCAGCCAUGGGUCGAUACCGAAUGAUGCAAAAAUCUCCAUCGCCACAGCAACAGCAACAGCAACAGCCACCAUCCUCACAGGCUGACAGCGGGUAUCCUUCUGUUUCCAACCCUCAGGUUACCAAAACACACAAAUUGAUCACUCUUGCUGACCACAUCCAUCACAUUAUCACACAGGACUUUGCCCGAAACCAAGCCAGCAGCCCGUUGUCACAGCAGCCUCCAGUGUCCACUUACCAAACUGCAUCUACAGUGGCAUCGAACCGAGGAAAGGCUGCCACCCAUUACAGUGCAGACUCUCAGCCACAGAAUAGUCAGAGCACCCUCCACCAGAGGCCACCCUCCAGGGUCUCCCCCGAGAACCCAGCAGAGAAAGGCAGAGGGAGGCCUGGGAAAUCCCCAGACCAAAGCCACGUUGCAUCAGAACCUUAUGAGCCUAUCUCUCCACCCCAGGCCCCUGCCACCCUAGAGAAGCAGGAGAGUGUAGUGCAGCCUCCUCAGCGAAGGGACAGGGAAGCAGAGCCCACUGAACAGAGGCUACCCCCAAGUAAUGAAUGGCUUCCGAUGCCGUUGCUUGUGCGAAGAGGUCGUGCCCCAGAUUCUGCUGCAAGGAGUGACUCGCGGUCCCCAGGGAACAUGGGUUAUUUACCAGCGUUCUUCACCAAACUGGAAAAUACUUCACCAAUGGUGAAGUCAAAGAAACAGGAGAUAUUUCGUAAGUUGAACUCCUCUGGUGGCGGGGAUUCUGACAUUGCCAAUGCUCAACCUGGGACUGAGAUAUUUAACCUGCCAGCGGUCACGACAUCAGGUGUGGUUUCGUACAAAAAAGGUGGAGUCAGUUCUCGGAGCAAUUCCUUUGCGGAUCCGGCCAGUAACCUGGGCCUGGAGGACAUUAUCAGGAAAGCGUUAAUGGGGAAAUACGAUGACAAAGGAGAAGACCACCAAGGGGUUCUGUCCCAUCCUGUGAGCACGGCGCAGGAGAACAUGGCCACCAACCUCCCGGUGUCCGCUGAUGCUCGGAGUGAGGAGGCUAAUCCGUCACCUCCAUCAGGUUCAACGGCGUUCCCCUACAAUCCACUGACAAUACGUAUGAUGAAUGUAGCACCGACGUCCAUCGCAUGUGCUCCACCGACCAUGGGCCAAGCGAGUUCACACCCUCCGCCCAGGACGUGGGAGCGUGAGCCCGCUCCCCUACUCUCCUCGCAGUACGAGACGCUGUCAGACAGCGAUGACUGAACUCAGGGGUCUGGCUGAGCGUGCCGUCAGCGAGUAUUUCAGGACUGCCCACCACAGACGAGAGACUCUCCUCAAGAGCCUAAGUCACUGACUAAAGAAGUAAAAGCAUUUGUUCACAGGCAAAUGCAAAGCAGUAUCCAGUUCUUUUGAGCAGAUGUAGGUUGGAAAGUCUGAUCGGAAGCUUUGUGUAGAGUUCACAGUGAAAGACUUUAUCUGCUUUCCAUUUGUUUGUUUAAAAAAACUCUUGAAAUCAUUCUAGUGUAUUAUAGAAUUCUUUCCCAAAGUAUCAUGCUUCAAUCUUACAUUUUAAAGAUUCUUAAAACAGCGAAUUGAGUGCAGAAUGUGCAUCAGUGAGGUGAACCCAAAGGACUGGUGUUCUAUAUUCAAUGUAAAUUAAGUUUCAUUUUGUCUUUAAUUAUUUAGCGGCACUGCUGAGAUAUUAAUGCAUGGAUGUAUUAUGAUUCAUUGUGAACUGAGAUGUGAAGGGAGUAUGUACCCUGGUGUCAGCGGGCUCAGGAAGCAGCCUGACCCUGUAACUGCACAAUGUUAACCCAAAGGAAACAUCUUGUAUCUCCACCUCAUAAUUUGCACCUCUUUUCUGCCCCACCCCUUGCGAAACAGAAUAGUUUUAAAGUCCGAGAAAUACAAACAGGUCUUAAAGAAGUUCCAGAAGUUAAGCUUUUGUUUUUCUUGCGGGGAAUGGGAGAGGGCAGGCGGUUUCCUCGAGAAGUUCAAUGUUUGGCCUGAAGCUGGAUAUUCAACAGUCAGUCUUGUGUUGUCCCGCCUGACGGAGCCCUAUGACACCCCGCGUCUGUGGAAGCCGGAUGCUUGGGUCACGCUUCAAAUACAGCUCCUGGUCUGCAGUCUCUUUCCGUCAGGAUCUCGAACGAUUGUGGCAAUUGUCUGCACGUGUUGGAUUCCCACACUUGGAGAAGCUGCAGAGUUGGAGGGAGACUCAGCAUGGACAGCUCAGAAUGGUGGUGAAGAAUCCUAAACAUUGCGUGACUGUGCUGCCUGGCGGGUGAUUGCUGGGGGCAAGUGUUAAAGUGGCGGGCGGUUGCUGGGCGCAAGUGUUAAAGUGGCGGGCUUCAGCUUUACCCUUUGAGCGUUGGAUGAGAAGUUUGCAACUUUGGAAAUGCAUGUUUUUCUCCUGACGGGGUACCCCGCAAAUGUUUUUAAUGCUGACUACACGAUUGACAUCGAAACAACUCCACUAAUGAGUUCUUUAUCUGGAUUUGGUCACAUUAUUUUCUGUGUUCAGGACUGUCCACAACUUUCAAAGCACGACACCUGACUUGGGUUGAAUUCUGAUCAUUAUUUUAACCACACUGUUGCGACUGAAGCCUCCCUCCCCUGCCGCUCCAGGCUAACCUCUGCCUUUUAAAGUAACUCGCCAUUCCAAACCCGGUCACAUUCAUGUAAAUGUUUAUUUCCCAAAUAAAGGCGACAUCUGAUUUCA